AUGUCUUGCGCUCUGGAGCGCGUCAGUACGCGCCAGACAUCCAAGGCAGCGACAUGUCUGCCGCUAGAAUUGCAGCAACUUGUCUUCAGUGAUCUGGACGUCAAGUCGUUCUUUGCUGCAAGAAAGGUCUGCAAAUACUGGAACUUCGCAUCGACAGACGCCGUACCUUUGGCCAAGCAACUACGAAAACUGCCAAUCCUUCCACCCGUCCAAGCAUCUGACGCCGAUCCAAACGAGCUCGAGAAUCUUUUCGACGAAGCCGCGCACACGCUCAUGAUCGGCGUGAAACCCGAACGAGCAUGGGAUACGCCAGGCAGUCUUACACGCCCAGCAAAGAUGGGCUUUCCCAUUACGCCACGAGUUGUAGCUACGAGCAGUGGUGACAGAACUGUGACACUCAGUGGUCGGGAGAUAGCUUUGUUCGACACCAGCGGGGAAAUGCCGCGGUGUAUAUCUCAGAGACCAUUGAACGACUUGAAGGAAACGAUUGGCAGCGGGCCUUGGCUCAAGGUGCAGCCCAACUCAUAUAACGAGCUUGCAUUGUCCUCGGAUGGGCGCCUGCUUGCUGUGGCACAAGAGAGGACAAUCCAAAUUUAUGAUCUAUUGGCGGAGCCGGACAGCUUCUCAAUCAAUCGGUAUGCUUCGUCCGCCACAGGGCACUACAUCUGCGGUCUCGACUUUGAACAAGAUGAUCAUGUAUUGCGAGUACGCUUGAGUGGAAAAGGAACUGUCCUGUAUCUUGGCACUCCUGCAGAGCGACGAGGCAGCAAUGCUACCAUGGAGCACUGGAAGAGCAAGGCAGGCCUGAAGCAUACGUUUCUGGAUUCUUCCCUGCUGUCAAUCUUGGAUGCAUCGACCGAUCCUGGUCAAAUGGUACGCAUCUCGGGUGUACAAAUUCUCAAGCUUUUUGAAGACGGAUGGCUAUUCGCCGGGCAGAGGCAUGGAGGUGGAGAGAGCAGCCAUUACAUUCUCGGCCAUGUCAAGACGAGCGUCCUCGACAACACAGAAGUCUUGGCUGCCGAGUCAAGGACAGUGACUGUAUUGGCCAGGCUUGAGAGCUAUCUCAGCAGUUGGGACUUUACCUUGGAGGCGUCAUUUGAUUGUGGUGUGGGAAUCUGGGAGAACAUGCCUUCAGCCCACGAGCACCAUCCUCGCUUCACCAUCAGCGCGGACAACAGUUUUCUGGCUCUUGCAGAAAGAGAUAAGAAGAGGAUAAGGCCAGCCCCCCUGACACAGUUGUUCGUCUAUCGUUUGCCGCAGCUCUCGGCGGCGUCAAUGGCGCGCGUCACUCCAGAUGGUCAAGAUCGCUGGGUGGUCAAGUGUGAGUCCCUGGGCAAGCUUGAAAGUGAGCAGAAAGGCAUCGUCGAGCAAGCAGCCGUCGUGUCAAAGAAGAUGAAGUGGACCAUUCCUCGGAUACCACUUUGCUUAAGCACUCUGCAAGGCGAUGUUACAGACCUGGCCUUCACGACCAUCGACCGCAGGACAAGCUCAAUCAGCGCGACGACCGUAGAGACCACUCGGACCUGGUUGCUACACGAGAUGUAA